AUGCCCCGCACCAGCUUCUCACGGAAUCCUCUCCUCAGGGUCUCACGGCCCGUCUCAGCCUGCUCGCGAUGUCGGCUCGCCAAGGUCAAGUGUGACGGCAAGCUGCCUGCCUGCACUGCCUGCGAAAAGGCAGGCCGCCAGAGCGAAUGCUCCGCUGCCAACGACCAAUUUGCGCGCGGAAAGGAGCGCAGCUAUGUCGCGGCACUGGAGCUGCGCAUCGAAAAGCUUGAAAGACGGCUGCAAUACGCCAAGUCGCGCAAGGCCUCGGUCGCCCUGCAUGACCCAGAUGCUUCCAUUGCAUCCGAAGUUGACAGGAGGGACUCGCUCGCCACCAUCCGUGCCGCCAUCCAUCGCAAGGCUGCCAAACACCGCGAGAAUCACGAUGUUAACUCCAUCGUCUCGGAUUUUGGAUCUUUGUCUGUUGAUGCCAUGACCCGAGACUUCGAGCCGUCGGCCAGCAACAUCACUUUUGCGAGGCUUGUUCUGGCUGCAACCACCAAUGACGAUAUCCCGGAACCUAGGAAGCCCGAUUUGCCCCCCAGACAGGCCGCCCAGGAUCUCGUUCAGGCCUUCAUGGUGGGCGUUUACUCGCUAUUCCCCUGCUUCUCGGAAACGACUCUAUGGGCUAUCCUCGACGACGUGUAUCAACAGGACCGCCGCAUCGUCAAGGACUCGGACUAUUGGCUCAUGUACAUGGUGCUCGCCAUCGGCGCCACAGUCCAGAGCCAAAGGAUCAACGACAGCUACUAUCGCCAGGGCAUCGACUUCGUCUCAAAGGCUUUGAGCCACGCCGACAAGGCACUCGCCCCGGGAUACAUAACGCAGAUCCAGUCACUGCUGCUUCUCACCAUCUACUCACUCCUGGAUCCCACGCACUUCGACAGCUGGCACCUCAUUGGCUUCACCACGCGAGCAGUCGUUGACCUGGGCCUUCACCAAGACCCGCCAUCGUCGUCGGUGUCGGACAAGUCCGCCCUAGAUAUGAGGCGCAAAAUCUUCUAUUGCACUUAUGCGUUAGACCGCGUCAUCAGUAUGGCUCAGACCCGGACGUUUUCCUUUACCGAUGAGUCCGUCAAUGUUAAAUUCCCGGAGGUCGGAAACGCGGGCCGCAAAGAAUCGCCUUCGGAGCCAAUUUUGGGGCCACAGUCAGCAGACCAGGCUCUACUACUGUUCCAGCUUCGCCACGCGCAGUCAUGCUGGUAUCAAGAACUCUACCAAUCAAGGGCACCGCCACUUGCCAACCCGAUAGGCUUUCUGUGGCAGAUAUGCCUGGAUAUGAGGGACUGGGGUGAGAAAUUGCCCGGAACCCUCUCAGCAGGCACACGACGCAUGUUUGAGCAGGAGCUUUGGUACAGCUAUGUCUACUGUCUCGCUCCAUCGUCCAGAGCACCCGAGCUCAGCAGCUAUCAACGGAAGCUCAUAUUUGAAUAUUCCCUUGCCUACCUCGACAGCAUGUACGACACAGCACAUGCCGGGCUGAGUCAGGCGUUCUAUACGUAUCUGGAUGCGUGGAAGGUUUACUUCAUGGCCAAUCAGUUCAUCGCGGCACUCAAUGAUCCUGAAGAUCUGGUGCUGUCUGGAGUCCAGAUUGCCCCUCCGGCAACGUUGCCGGGCUCACCACCUGCUCCCCCGAUUCCGCGUCGUCACCUGCCACAGGGCAACCCAGCGGACGAAAACCUCAAAAGGAGUAUAUGGUGUCUCGAGCGGAUCCCUCAGACACUAGGCAUAUUCGGCACGCGCUGGAUGGAUGCGGAAGGGCUGAAGAACCACGUCGAGGAGAGUGUUGGGCAGACGCUCGAGCGCCUGAAGAAACGACAGCGAAUGCAGACGGCAGCACAGCAGCAUCCGGUCCAGUACCAGAUGCACCAAGCCAUGGCUCCGCAGAUGCAGGGCCAGAUGAUUGACAUGAGGUGGGCUGGGGUUGAUCCGUCGCAGAUGACGCAGGGUGGAGGAGGAGCACCUCGCUGA